AUGUUGUGCAUGCUUUGUGCCGGAGAUGAUGAACCGGCCCCGGCAAAGAAGACGGAACAAGUUGAGCACGUGCUCCGAGCCGUGCGCUUUAGAGGUUUACCGUCGCCGGGGACCGGUACACGUUCUGAUCCGUUUGACUUGGACCCCGAACCUUCCUCAAGACCUGCUCCCGCAACUUCCUCAAAACCUGAAGCUUCUAGUCGUAAUCCUUUAGAUCCUGAAGGAAUCUUUGAUGAGGACCCAGAUCCUCGAGAGUCGUCUUCUGGCGCACCCAAGAAACCUCGAAAAGAGAAUGGACCGUCGCCCCCCGAUGGUGGCGGAGACCCUGGAUCGGAAGCCGACGAGGACCUGCGGAUCCCUUUGUCGUCUGUGUCUCUGUAUAACCACCGUAGUCGGGGACACUUUCCUUUCGAUUCGAAUUGUGAGACCUGUUGUGCUUCGAAAGGGCGCGUUCCUGCGCGUCGGUUGAGAAGAAAACUUCAGAUAGAAAACCAAACGAUAGGCCUUGACUUUUUCUAUUUCGGGAAACUGAGAGUGCUCCUCCUUAUGCAUUUGGGUUCCCGAUAUACUGUCUCCCUUCCUGCUAUGCAUCUUGAUGACCCUGACCUGCUCCACAAUAUCAACCGUGUUAUUCGCGAAAUGGGGUUAGUCGGUAAAGCGGUUACAUUUCGGAUGGACCAAGAAGCGGCUCUUGGAGCCCUUGCCGAGAGACUCACCAAGUGCGAAAGUAGCCCAGCCAGCGCAACUUUGAUUGACGUGGUUCCGGGCUACAGGCCCCAGUCGAAGGGAUCGAUUGAGCGGCAGGUUGAAACUAUGAAGCAGGGUUUCUGGUCUGUUUGGUUGGACCUUGAGAAAGAGAUUGCUAAGGUGAAGGAAGGUGAUGCCGUGGAACUUGGUAAGUAUCAGUUUCCUUUGGGGGGUUUGCUUUGGCAAGCCUGUGUGUUCUAUGUUGCUAGGUGCUACAACCUCUGGUGUACCAGCAUUGGGGAUUCAAGCACCAGCAUUGAUCGGCUACAUGAGGAGAUUGUGAACCGGACUCGCACGAGGCCGUUUGGAUGUCUGGUACAAGCUCAGGUCAGUAAGCCCAAGGCGCACCAUGAUAAGUUCAGAGGCGCCCGAACCGUAAAAGCGGUCUAUCUGGGACCGGUGCACGCCAAAGGUGGCGGCAUCUUUGCCGUCCCUGUCGGAAGCAGGGAAAUAGAUGUAUUCCCCGCAGCCAGGAUGAUUCAGGGAGGUGACAUCUACGAUGCCAAGACCCUGGAAGAACUAGCUUUAGCUCAGCCUCUUGCCCCUGAGAACCAAGAGGUCAUCAACGAUGAGGGGGAUAUGGAAAUAGACUGGUGUGCUGUUCCACAGAACGCUGUGUCGGAGACUUCUGGAGAGAAACUAGAACCAGACCUGCUGUAUGCAUCCAUGAAGCUUGAAUUGGAGGAAUUGGAAUCCUUCAAGGUUGGGGAAGUGAUCCCCGAGCGAGAAGCUCGGCGUCUUGCGAAGGAAAACGGACGGCGUGUGCUCACGAGCCGUUGGGUCAAUACGGUCAAACGCAAGGGACUGUAUAGGUCCAGAUUAGUCGUGCGUGACUUUGCCGCGAUGGGCGGCACCACCUUGAGUGAGGGAAUAUAUUCUCCUACGACUUCAUUGGAGGGUCUGAGAUUGCUACUCUCCAUGCUCUGCCGACGCGGCAGUGUGUUAUCCUGCGACGUCUCCGUGGCGUUCAUGCAUGCACCAGUAGCGAGGGCAGAAUUCGUAGAGUUGCCGAAUAAUGUGAGCACCCAGAGCACUGGGGAACGAGUCUUCGUCAAACUUAGAAAAGCGAUGAACGGAUUACGCUCUGCUCCAUUAUCAUGGUAUUGCGAACUGUCAGAAUAUUUGCGCUCUCAGAACUUCGAAGCAAGUUUGGACCCCACUAUAUUCCGUCGUCUUACGAAGAAGGGUUUGACGAUUGUGUUAUUUUAUGUGGAUGACUUGCUUAUCUACAGUGAAGAUGAAGCAGAGGGGCGCAGGUUCUAUGAGGAGCUGCGAAAGAAAUACAAACUGAAACUUACGGGUGAGUUGAUUCAGGAUUGCCCUGGUGAAGUUUCGUUUCUCGGUCGGAGGAUUUUCCGCCGUAAGAAAGGAGAGCGGGCUGUGUAUUUCGGGCUAGACGAACAGUACUUGAGUUCCUGUUGCGAGGAGUACGGAAUCACCAAGCCUGCCCCAAAGCUCCCUUCCCUCGAACGCCGCUACGCUGAAUUGCUGAAGAAAGGCCAGACUGAGUUGAUCAGCCCGGCUGCUCACGAAAGGUACAGGAGGACUUUGGGCCGUUUGGCCUGGGCGGCUCUUUCUCGACCAGACCUGCAGUUUGUGUGUGGGUUUUUGGGCCGUCACCAGGCAGCUCCUGAUGAGGCUGCUGAGACCUGUAUGAGGGAUGUCCUUCGUUGGGUCAAGGGUCUUCCGCACAAAGUCCAGAUGUUUCCGAGUCAGAGGGAGAUCUUGGAAGAUGAUGCGGACCCUGCCUCUGUAUCUUGUUUUACGGACGCCAGUUGGAGUCUGAAUUCGGUGAGCGGGGGUAUUAUCACUUGGGAAAACUGUGCCCUCAAGAGCUUUAGCAGAAAACAAACGACCACCGCACUCUCCAGUGCGGAAGCCGAACUCGCUGCACUCACAGAGGUUGCGCGUGAAGGAUUGUACAUUGCUUUGCUGGUGGAGACCAUCCGCGAGGGUCGAUCCUCCUCUUGCCGAGUGCUCCCUGAGGCUGCACAGAAAGCCUUCCAGGAGGAGUACAACGCUGCCAGCGCCAUGGUCUACGCGGGGGCAGGGCUCCACGUCCAGACCCUUUUGGAGGCCGCGGGAAUCCCCCCUCCACCAGAUGAGGACCUCGACCAGCCAGAACCCACGCCCCAGGAGAAGCUGACAAGGUGUGUCAGCGACUUCAAGAAGGCCACCAACCAGAUGAAGAAUCUGGUAGAGAAAAAGGCCAAGCUCCAGGCUCGAGCGGACAAGCUCAAGCAGGAACUGGAAAAGCUUAUUGGGGACGUGGACCAAGUGGAUAAGGACAUCAUGGCCAAGGAUGUCGAGAUCCAGGAGACGGCCAGGGCUUUCAAAGAUAUGACGGCGGACUCCACCAGCACCGCUUUCAGCGCCCUGGAGGCGGUCCUCUCGGAGGCCGGCCAUGAGCUCAAUGAGGCCACCCGGGCCAAGAUGAAGGCUGCCCUGGUCGGAAAGGAGGACCUCCCUGAGGACCCCUUCAUUGUGAAAUUCCGAGGGCAUGAUGAGUACUUCCCGCGGGAGAUGCCCACCAUGUACGGCCCUGCCCGCCGACCCGCAUUGGAAGCGUCCUACCCCUUUGGAAGGGACGAAGCCAGAGGGUUUCAUGGCGCCCGUUCAGCCUCUUUCCUCGAGGUUGUCCUCACGCCAACGUGUUCGGACAACCAGCGAGCCCCCCGCCCCAAGUGGUACCUUGGAGGUGCUGCCAAGGGGCCUAUGCUCUGUCUGGCCAAGGCCCUGGACACCAGCCCGCCGCGCGGGGUUCACAGCAAGGACCUUGCUGCAGGGCUUGCGGAUGAUCUCAGGGCGAAUAAAGAAUGGAGCAAGUCGGAGCCCCAGGCUCUGGCCCUAGCUGAGGCCCUGGAAGGAGCUGACGAGGCCAGCUUGGGCUACCGGGUCUCCUACGAGAUUCUCGAGGCCAUGCAAGGCCACUCAUGGUUGGACCCCAUCACUGCCGCGGCUUUCCUGGACGACCUGGCGGGAGUCCGUUGUGUUUGUUAG